AUGGGUUGUGUGCCCAGAUAUGUCUUGCAAGCUGCAGCAAUAGCAACAGAAUUGGACCAGAACCUGGAUAAUGUUGCUGCUGCUGAGAAGUGGGCAUAUUCUGAUGUUCAAAAGGCUUUGGAUGAAGCCAUAUCUCCAGAUCAUCCUCUCAAACAAAAGCACUUAAAAGAUAUUGCUGAUAAUAUUCUUAGCAAUCCCACCUUUCCUCAUGGUCAAAAACUUCAAAUUUAUUCUGUGGUGCCAAUGGAAAUUUAUGAUAAAUUUGAAUUCCAAAAUAAAAACUACAAAACUGAUAAGGAUGAACCUGUCCAGUUGCUACAACAGGUCAUGCAAGGGCUGAAGCAAUAUGCAAUGAAAUUUGAUCUGAAGGCUGCAUAUUUGGGUAAGUCACCUGGAGUGGUGCAAUUUGAAGAAGCAUACUAG